AUGAACAUAUUCGAAGAUUUGUCACUAGCAGUUCCGAUUGCAAAUUCUUUAACGUUUAUAUUUACAGCUUUAGCUGGUAGUUUACUUGGUGAAAAAGCUGGAACAAAAGGUAGUACACUAAUACAUAAAGGAAUAAUGUGGGAAGACACUUAG